AUGGCGUCCGUUGUUCUUCGAAACCCUAGCUCGAAGCGCCUUGUUCCACUCUCAUCUCAGAUCUACUCCCGUUGCGGUGGUUCCAUUUCCUCGUCCUACUCAAUCUCUCACUCAAUCGGAAGAGAUGAUCUCUCCCCCUCAAGUUUCGGAACUUCGUUCUGGAGAUCGAUGGCCACUUUUACUCGAACAAAACCUCAUGUAAAUGUUGGAACAAUCGGGCAUGUAGAUCACGGCAAGACCACUUUAACUGCUGCUAUCACAAAGGUUCUUGCUGAGGAGGGCAACGCUAAAGCUAUCGCCUUUGAUGAAAUUGAUAAAGCUCCUGAAGAGAAGAAGAGAGGAAUUACAAUUGCGACGGCUCACGUGGAGUAUGAGACUGCAAAGCGUCACUAUGCUCAUGUGGAUUGCCCUGGGCACGCAGAUUAUGUUAAAAAUAUGAUUACUGGAGCUGCACAAAUGGAUGGUGGAAUUCUUGUGGUUUCAGGUCCAGAUGGACCCAUGCCUCAGACAAAGGAACAUAUUCUACUUGCACGCCAGGUUGGUGUUCCAUCGCUUGUGUGCUUCCUGAACAAAGUUGACGUUGUGGAUGAUCCAGAGCUUUUGGAGCUUGUAGAGAUGGAACUGCGUGAACUUCUCAGCUUCUACAAGUUUCCUGGGGAUGAUAUUCCCAUCAUCAGAGGAUCUGCUCUGUCUGCAUUGCAGGGCACAAACGAUGAAAUCGGAAGGCAGGCUAUAUUAAAGCUAAUGGAUGCUGUUGAUGAAUACAUACCUGACCCUGUUCGUGUGCUCGACAAGCCUUUCUUGAUGCCAAUUGAAGAUGUUUUCUCGAUUCAAGGACGUGGAACUGUUGCAACAGGUCGUAUUGAACAGGGAGUCAUUAAAGUUGGUGAAGAAGUUGAGAUAUUGGGUUUAAAAGAGGGGCUUCCAAUGAAAUCAACUGUAACUGGGGUGGAGAUGUUCAAGAAGAUUUUGGAUAAUGGACAGGCUGGUGAUAACGUUGGACUUCUUCUGCGUGGGCUAAAGAGAGAAGACAUUCAGCGUGGAAUGGUGAUUGCUAAGCCUGGUUCAUGCAAGACAUACAAGAAGUUUGAAGCAGAGAUUUAUGUGCUCACAAAGGACGAAGGUGGACGUCACACUGCGUUUUUCUCCAACUACAGGCCUCAGUUUUACUUGAGGACUGCAGAUAUCACUGGAAAAGUAGAAUUACCGGAAGACGUUAAGAUGGUUAUGCCUGGUGACAAUGUCACUGCUGUUUUCGAGCUAAUCAUGCCUGUCCCACUGGAGCCAGGUCAAAGAUUUGCCCUAAGGGAAGGAGGUAGAACAGUUGGAGCUGGUGUUGUAUCAAAAGUGAUGACUUGA